GGUAUGUAAAGGCAACUUUGAAAAGAAAAUAUCUUCUGUUAAUUAAAAGACUUCUGCUUACCAAAAGUGAUGAUGAAUUGGUACAAUUUCUCCUAAAUUCUUUAAAAUCUGAUGUUUUCUACUAUACUGGGAAUCACAGGAGGCUUUUGCAUUGCAAUAGGGUCAUUUAUUCCAGAUUUUAACACCUUUGCUUGCAAAAAAUCAAUUUCUUUCAACUCAGUCUCAACUUUUGAAAUAUGGCUUUCUUUCUUGACAAUUACCUUAACUAUUUGUGACAGGUAAACACAUGGCAUAAUUUUGCUUGUGAAGAAAAGUCUUUCCAGUUAAAGAAAUCAGCAACUGUCAUUUCCAUAACUACCACAUGCUUCAAGUUACAGGUUUCAACGACCUCAACAAAAUCAUGAAAAUCAUAAACUUUCUUCUUCUUUAAGAACAGCUUCACCUGGUGGUGGAAACUGUCGGCGGAUAUAAAUGUAUGGCCCGGUUCCUUUAUUCACUUUAUAUACAUGACGUCCCUUGCCCCAGCAACUGUGAAGUCUAUCUCUAUACUGACGACACUGCACUACUAGGCCAGUCGUGUUCUCAUAAACCUUGUUCACGACUGGCUGCAGAGUGCAGUGGAGGAAAUAUUCUAGUGGGCGGAUUGGUGGCUGAUCAAAAUUAAUACUUCGAAAACGCAUUCAAUCUAUUGUACUAAAAAACGUCGCGGUGCCCCAUCAGCGAUAUCAGGAAAUGGAACUCGUAUACCAUGGGAACAAUCUGUCAGGUACCUUGGAGUCAUCACUGACAAGGGGUUGACCUAUCAGUAACAUACUGAUAUUUUGAAAACAAAAUUCCAAAUUACCUUUUGGCAGCUGUAUCUUUAAAUGUGCAGAAAUUCAAAACUAAGUUUGAUCAACUAGAUUCGGUUGUAUGAUUUUAUUGCCAAGACGCACAUGCAGAGGCUGCAAAAUAGAACCCUACGCACAUGGUACGUGUCAAAUGAGACCUUGGUAUCCCAUAUCUAAGGCACAGCGGCGUUAUAAUCUAGCCGAAACGCACAGCUUCCCUCUGUUGCGUAAUUCAGUAGACUACAAUCAAAAUUAUUUCAGUAUAGAAACCUAUCAAAAUUAUUUUUUGUAGUUACAAAAUUAUUCAAGCAGUCAAAAAAAAGUGCUUAAGCCAUUUGAAAUUUUUACUCCUUUUUUUGCUCUAUGUCUUUCUUUCCUUCUUUCCCGUUAAACAUGUUUGGUAUCUGGGUAGCACCAGACUUGACAGACUAAAAGACCAAUGAGACUUUUAACUAAGAGCAAAGGUCCACCGGACCGCUCUGACGAACAACAACGAAUAGUGUAGUACCUACUGCUCACGUGCACUAAAGCUCAACAUUUAAUGAGUUCCUUUUUCUUAUUCAUAGAAAUGGACCGGAAUGGUUCAGAAUCAGAAGUGUCCUCCAGAAAGGUCUAAGCAGCCCACAAGCUGUCAAAAGGUUUUUGAAAGGCAGUGAUCAGAUAAUUCAAGAAUGGAUAGAGUUCAUUGGACAACCCCCAAAGAAACAUAGAAAUGAUUAUCUACCUGAAAUCUCAAGGUUAUUUUUAGAAUUAACAGGGUACUCAAUGUUGGACAUAAGAUUAGAUAGUUUCUCUUACCAUGAGCAUCAGAAACACUCUAGGACAUCACGCCUCAUAAAAGCUGCAUAUGUAACAAAUUCAUGUAUUUUAAAAACUGACAAUGGACCGCAGUUAUGGAAAAAGUUUGAGACUCCUCUUUACAGGAAACUCCGGAAAUCUCAGGAAUAUAUGGAAGAUGUUGCUAUAGAUCUACUAUCAUUAAAAAUGUCACUAUUUAAAGAAAGGGAUAAAUAUACUCCACUUACAUUACUUGAAACGUACCUCUCAUCCCCAGAAUUGGAUUUUAAGGAUAUUAUUGGUGUCAUUUGUGAUUUCUUACUGGCUGGAAUAGAUACUACAACGUACACCACUAGUUUCCUAUUAUACCAUUUAGCAAUCAAUCCUGAAGUACAACAUAAAGCAUAUGAAGAAUCUUUAAAACUGCUUAAAACACCUCAAAGUGCUGUAACUGAAGAUGUAUUGAAGGAAGCAGUGUACACAAAAGCUGUGCUCAAAGAAUCACUCAGGUUGAGACCCGUAUCUGUUGGUAUCGGUCGAAUUUUACAAAACGAAGCUGUAUUCUCUACAUAUCCGGUGCCUGCAGAGACAGUGGUAGUCAGUCAAAACCAGAUAUCUUGCCGACUAGACAAGUAUUUUGAAUGUGCUGACAAAUUCUUACCGGAUCGAUGGAUAAAAGGGCAUCCUCUGUACAAACAGGCACAUCCAUUUCUACUAUUGCCUUUCGGACAUGGUCCCAGGUCGUGCAUUGCUAGGAGAUUAGCAGAGCAAAACAUGGUUAUACUAACACUAAAGGUUGUAAGAAACUAUAAAAUAGAAUGGGCUGGAGGAACCUUAGACUCUAGAUCAUUACUCAUAAAUAAACCAGAUGGACCAAUCUUAUUAACUUUCAAGAAAAGGGAAUAACUUUUUAGCAAAUUUUUAUUGAUGCAUUUUUGAAAUGUACAACCUAUGUAUUUUAAUAUAUUGUAAUAAAAUAGUUUAUCUAUUUCUGUAUGGUGUCCUAGU